AUGUACACAGGUUUAGUAGUUGAUGAUAUACCAUUUAAUUAAAUAGCUUUGAAAAUGAUGCUUAAACAUUAUAAUAUUGAAGCAGAUUCCGUGUUUGAUGGAUUAUAAGCAAUUGAAAAAGUUAAACUCAAAAUGUAAUAAAAUUGCUAAAUUUAUCAAUUAAUUUUUAUUGAUAUUGAAAUGCCUGGGAUGGAUGGUUUUUAAACAAGUAAGCAAGUAAAUUAUAAAUACUAAUUAAUUAGAUCUUGAAAAUAAUUGACAUAAAAAUAAUCUAUUAUUUUUAUAUGCUCUGCAUAUGA